AUCGAACACCACAGUCCACAAUUUCCCUUCACACCAACCGUCUGCUUUCAACGUAUUUUUCUCUCUCCAGAUCAGAAUGGAUUCUCUGGCAAUCCUCUGUACGGUGGCUCUUCUCGGCGGCGGACUCUACUGGUUCGUCUGCGUUCUGGGCUCCGCCGAACAGAAAGGCAAGCGAGCCAUUGACCUCUCCGGCGGUUCCAUCUCAGCCGAGAACGUCCAAGACAACUACAAACAGUACUGGUCUUUCUUUCGCCGCCCAAAAGAGAUCGAAAAAUCCGAAAAAGUGCCGGACUUCGUCGACACCUUUUACAACCUCGUUACCGACAUCUACGAAUGGGGAUGGGGUCAAUCAUUCCACUUCUCACCCGCAAUACCCGGCAAGUCUCACCGUGACGCCACGCGCAUCCACGAAGAGAUGGCCGUCGAUUUAAUCAAGAUCAAGCCGGGAGAUAAAAUCAUCGACGUCGGUUGUGGCGUCGGCGGACCCAUGCGCGCAAUUGCAGCUCAUUCGCGUGCCAAAGUCGUCGGCAUCACCAUCAACGAGUACCAGGUGAAACGCGCACGUCAACACAAUAACAAAGCUGGUCUUGACUCGCUGUGCGAUGUUGUCUGUGGAAAUUUCCUCCAAAUGCCCUUCGACGACGAUACCUUCGCCGGCGCGUACUCGAUUGAGGCCACGUGCCACGCGCCGAAGCUUGAAGAAGUUUAUGCGGAGAUAUUUAGGGUUUUGAAGCCAGGUGCGUUGUACGUGUCGUACGAGUGGGUGACUACAGAUAAGUAUAACCCGGAAGAUUCUGAGCACGUGGAGAUCAUCCAAGGAAUCGAGAGGGGCGAUGCUUUGCCGGGGUUGAGAAGCUACAGUGACAUUGCGGUGACGGCGAGGAAGGUGGGUUUUGAGGUUGUGGAAGAGAAAGAUUUGGCUAAGCUGCCGGCGAGGCCAUGGUGGACGAGGCUGAAGAUGGGUAGAAUCGCAUACUGGCGUAACCACAUUAUGAUCUGUGUUCUGGCGGCCUUGGGAAUCGCACCAAAAGGUACGGUGGACGUUCAUGAAAUGCUCUUCAAGACUGCCGAUUAUCUCACCAGAGGCGGCGACACCGGCAUAUUCUCGCCUAUGCAUAUGAUCCUCUGUAGAAAACCCAUCUCUGCCGCCGAUUAACCCUCUUAGAAAACGACGACGUCGAAGAGAACACUCAUACGACGUCGUCUCAGUUCCUUUUAAGUUAUUUGCUUCCCCAUAAAAUAAUUACUUUUUUGCAAUCUUAUGUCUUCAGCUGCUACUGCUAAUUUAUUUUUUAAGGUUUUCUGAAAUUUGGAUUUUGGGUUUUCUUAAGUCUGGUGGUUUAUGUUGGUGAAGACUUUUGUUCUCUGAUCUGAUCUGGUCUGAUCUUGUAGAUGAAGACGAUUAAGUGUGAGUGAAAAAGAAAUAGGAAAGUCUUUAUAAAUUUAAUCAAAAUCUUUGUCUCAAAUUUCUUGAUAUACUUUGUUUUUCCUUUUUUUUUUUUUAAUUUCUUUAUUUAAGUUUCAUGAUGGUAUGCCUGAUUAGAAUAAUUGAUAAUUGAGAUCCAACUUUUGAGCAGAAUGGCC